GUGACGUAGGCUCGUCGCAGGAGACGCCGCAGCGGACUGGCUGUGAUAAAACACUUCAACGCUUCGGUACCUCGGGCCAGCGAUUCCAUCUGUACAGGGUCCACGGAUCUAGAGCCAUGGAUCUGGUGCUGAAUGUGGCCGACUACCACCUCCUCACGCCCUAUGUGUACCCAGCGUCGUGGGCCGAGGAGGGGGCGCUGCGGCAGAUCCUCAGCCUCCUGGUGCUCACCAACCUGGGAGCGAUGGUCCUCUACCUGGGCCUGGGGGCCAUCAGUUACUACUUCGUGUUCGACCACAUGCUGAUGAAACACCCACACUUUUUAGAGAACCAGGUCCGGAGAGAGAUCAAGUAUGCACUGACCUCCCUUCCCUGGAUCAGUAUCCCCACCGUGGCCUUGUUCUUUGCCGAAGUCAGAGGAUAUAGCAAACUCUACGACAAUGUCUCAGACUACUCAAUGGGUUGGCCCAUGGUGUUCCUAAGCAUGGUGUCGUUCCUGCUAUUCACAGACGGGAGCAUCUACUGGAUACACCGUUUCCUGCACCACAAGCUCAUUUACAAGCUGUUCCACAAGCCGCACCACGUGUGGAAGGUGGCCUCACCCUUCGCCAGCCAUGCCUUCCACCCGGUAGACGGCUUCCUCCAGGGGCUGCCCUACCACAUCUACCCCUUCCUCUUCCCCCUCCACAAGGUGCUCUACCUGGCCCUGUACGUCUUCGUCAACAUCUGGACCAUCUCCAUCCACGACGGGGACUACCGGGUGCCGGGGCCCCUGGUGGAGGUCAUCAACGGCGCCGCCCACCACACAGACCACCACCUGUUCUUUGACUACAACUACGGCCAGUACUUCACACUGUGGGACCGCCUGGGCGGCUCCUACCGCCACCCCUCGGCCCUCACGGGCAACGGGCCCCUGGACCUCAUCAGGAGGCUGAUUGCGGAGGGGAAGCUGCGCCCCGACAAGGCCGCCGUAAGAGGCCCGUCGAACGGACAUACAGUGGCCGCGUGCAAAGAGGAGUAGCUAGGGGGAAGGCGGCGGAAAGACUGGGGAAGCGAGGGCAGGAUGGAUAGGACCAAUGAAUUUAUGUAAUUUGAUUAUGACAAGAAUCAUUGAAACAUUCCUGAGGAAGUUGUGGUGGCGAGUACUUCAAAUCGAGUUAAAGAUAUGAUGUCUGGAGACAAUUCAGUUCCCUUAUCAUAUUCGCAAAACCCACAUGAGCAGUCAUGAUGUUAACUGCACAGUGGACUGGACAAUGUGCCUCAAAGUGGUAGAUCACUGGAGUCCAGCGGACACCUUUUGUGACUUAACGCAAUAAAAGUGAAAGAGAUCUUUAACCUCUUGCCGGUGCCAUGAUAUAUCAUUAAGUAGCCACCAUCCCUGAAAAAGUAUUUUUACAGGACAUUUUAUAUUUGAGAACAUAUAAAUUAACCAUGAGUAGAUUGGCUUAGAAAAGCGCUUUAACUUCAAAUAUGGUAAUUUGGCACUUGGAGGAGGAUGAACUUGGCUGCUUGACUCCUCCCACCCCUCCAUCUCGCUCCACAGAAGACACCCACCUUAGCACUGAAAAACAACAUGUCAUUUUGGCUGAGAUGCUAACAAGGAUAGAUGGGUCUCAUUAUAAGGCUGUCAUGAAGAUUGAUAGACAGCUGUAAAGGGCGGCAAAGGGUUCCAUCCUCGCCAAACGACAGUGACAGUGAUCACUGGGCUUUCUUUAAAAAGACAACCUUUAAAAGAAGGAAUAUAGCACUGGAGUUGAAGGCAUUUGAAUGUUAGCACAUUUCCAUGUACCAUCGACACUUCUAAGGACACUGAUAUGUGGUCAUCGGUUCCUAGGUUAGGCAGGGAUGUUUGCUUGGUUCCAGAGGGUUCCUGUUUCAUUUGUAUGUGCAAAAUGAAUUGAUAUGCUGUGAUUAUUGUGGACCUCUUUUGAUAUCUUAAUCAACAAGGAGGCUUUUAAUCAUCAUGUGAUGAUGAAUAAUAAAGCAUUUAAAAUGUGUUGAAAAAUGA